CGUGAACUCCUUCACCACGUGUGUGUUUGCUUGCCGGCUCUAGGCGGUCUCCUUGCCGUCGUGGGUUUUCGUCGGUCCCCCCCGCGGCCUCGUGGCCGCGGCUGGAGACUAUGGAGCACCUUUCUGUGGAGCUGGUAGCCGGGCCGCUGCGUCUAAUCGCCACCAAGAACGAGAAGAGCAGCGGCGAGCUGAACAGGUUCCUGACCAAGUCGGUGUGGACACCUCAAGAUCGUCAGUGCAUCCUGAAUGCCUUGGCACAGUUGCUCCUGGAUAAAGACUAUACCCUUUUGCUUGGGCGCCAGUUGCGCCCUAUCCUUUUGGAUUUGCUGGAAAGAAAUGCUAAAGCCAUUAAAACUGGAGGCCAAGUCAACCACGAUCUGCAUGAACGGCUCAGUGUGUCAAUGAGCAAACUCAUUGGGAGCCAUCCUGACGUUCUUCCGUUUGCCAUGCACUAUUUCAAGGACACCUAUCCAGUGUUUCAGAGACUCUUCCUUGAGAGUUCUGAUACAAACCCAGUGCGCUAUGGCCGUAGGCGGAUGAAGCUCCGGGACCUAAUGGAAGCAGCCCAUAUAUUCCUACAGCACAGGCAGCCUGUUUUUCGGGAGCUCUGGGACUGGAGUGUGUGUGUCCCUCUCCUCAGGAGCCAUGAUGCUUUGGUGCGCUGGCAUACAGCUAACUGUCUUGCUUUGGUGACGUGUAUGAAUGAAGAACACAAGUUGUCCUUCCUAAGGAAGAUGUUCAAUAGCGAUGAGCUGGUGCACUUCAGGUUAAGGUUGUUAGAAGAGGCUCAGCUACAGGAUUUGGAGAAGGCCUUGGUUUUAGCCAACCCAGAAGCCUCCCUUUGGCAUAAGGGAAAGGAACCUCAGUACAUUCAGGGACACCUAGUUUCAGCUGACCUCUCUUCCAAUGUGGCCGCUGUGUGUGGUGUGGUGCUGCCUAAGUACUCCGCCAGUCCUGGAGAGCAGGCAAGUGACAGGAGUUCUUCACGGGAACAGGAGCUGGCUCUUAAAUCCUUUGUGUUGGUUGAGUCUGUGUGUAAAAAUCUUCAGAUGCUAGCUGUUGCAGUGGCUUCUCAGAAUGCUGUGUUGUUGGAAGGACCAAUAGGCAGUGGCAAAACUUCCUUAGUUGAAUAUUUAGCUGCAGUAACUGGUAGAACCAAACCACCUCAGCUUCUCAAAGUCCAGCUUGGAGAUCAGACAGACAGCAAGAUGUUACUGGGCAUGUAUCGUUGUACAGAUGUUCCUGGGGAGUUUGUAUGGCAACCUGGCACCCUGACACAGGCAGUCACAAAAGGUCACUGGAUACUUCUGGAGGAUAUUGACUAUGCUCCUUUGGAUGUGGUUUCUGUGUUGAUCCCUCUACUGGAAAAUGGAGAACUUCUGAUUCCUGGACAAGGUGACUGUUUGAAAGUCGCUCCUACAUUUCAAUUGUUUGCAACCAGGAGGCUCUUGAGCUGUGGAGGAAGUUGGUACCGACCACUGAAUAGUCAUGCUACUAUGUUAGACAAAUACUGGACCAAAAUUCACCUGCAUAAUCUGGACAAGAAAGACCUGAAUGAGGUUCUUCAGAGCAGAUACCCAAGCCUCUUAGCCGCAGCUGGUCACUUACUUGACAUUUACAUUGAGCUUACUGGAGAAAAACACUGCUGUCCAAGUGUUGGCUAUGACAAGGCUCCACAGGAAGUUUCAGAAGCUGAGGAAGAAAGCAGAAGAGUGGUCCUUGAGGGAAGAGAAUUAUCUUUAAGGGACCUGCUGAAUUGGUGUAAUAGAAUUGCUCAUGGCUUUGACAGUACAUCUUCUACAGCAUUAGUGAAUGUUUUUCAGGAGGCUCUGGACUGUUUCACUGCCAUGCUUUCUGAGCAGACAAAGAAACUGAAAAUGGCAGAAGUUAUUGGAAGCAAACUGAACAUUUCUAAGAAACAGGCUGAAUUUUUCUGUAAACUUUAUAAACCAGAAAUCGUCAUUAAUGAGCUAGAUGUCCAAGUAGGUCGAGUGCGGCUUUUGCGGAAACAAAGUGAAGUUGUUCACAUUCAGAAAGAGAAGUAUACUUUCGCUGCUACCCGCCCUUCCUCUGUUCUCCUCGAGCAGCUCGCAGUGUGCGUCAGUCAAGGGGAGCCUGUGUUGUUAGUAGGAGAGACCGGAACUGGUAAAACCUCUGCUGUCCAGCACUUGGCUCAUGCCACAGGCCAGCAUUUGAGAGUUGUCAAUAUGAAUCAACAAAGUGACACUGCAGACUUGCUCGGAGGGUUCAAGCCAGUGGACCAUAAGCUUAUUUGGUUGCCUUUACGAGAGACAUUUGAGGAACUAUUUGUACAGACAUUUUCAAAAAAACAAAACUUUACCUUUUUGGGACACAUUCAGACCUGCUACAGGCAGAAACGAUGGCAUGAUCUCCUCAAACUAAUGCAGCACGUACAAAAGUCAGCUAUUACCAAAGAAGUGAAGGAGAGCCAGCCAGGAGUACUUCUAAAGGAGAAAUGGGAAGCAUUUGGCCUCAGACUCAACCACGCCCAGCAACAAAUGAAAAUGACUGAAAAUGCCCUUUUGUUUGCAUUUGUGGAGGGUACCUUAGCUCAGGCUAUAAAGAAAGGAGAAUGGAUCUUACUGGAUGAGAUUAACCUGGCUGCUCCUGAAACCCUGGAAUGUCUCAGUGGCUUACUUGAAGGAUCUUCUGGCUCUCUGGUUUUGCUUGAUCGAGGAGACACAGAGCCACUGGUUCGGCACCCUGAUUUUCGUUUAUUUGCAUGUAUGAAUCCAGCUACUGAUGUGGGCAAAAGAAAUCUCCCACCAGGAAUAAGAAACAGGUUCACAGAACUGUAUGUAGAAGAAUUAGAAAGUAAAGAAGACUUACAGAUUCUUAUUGUGGAUUAUCUGAAAGGACUGAGUGUGAGCAAGAGCACUGUGCAAGGAAUUGUGAACUUCUACACUGCUUUGCGGAAAGAGUCUGGGAGCAGAUUGGUAGAUGGAACUGGCCACAGGCCUCACUACAGCCUUCGGACCCUCUGCAGAGCUCUCCGGUUUGCAGCAUCCAACCCGUGUGGCAGCAUCCCACGCUCACUCUAUGAGGGCUUUUGUUUGGGAUUCCUAACACAGCUUGAUCGGACAUCACACCCCAUAGUUCAGAAGCUCAUCUGCCAACACAUUAUUUCUGGCAAUGUCAAAAGUCUACUGAAACAGCCUAUUCCAGAACCCAAAGGAGGCCGCCUUAUUCAGGUUGAAGGCUACUGGAUUUCAGUUGGAGACAAGGAGCCUAAAAUAGAUGAAACAUAUGUCCUGACGUCUUCUGUUAAACUGAACCUGAGGGACAUUGCCCGAGUGGUUUCUGCUGGAACCUAUCCAGUACUGAUCCAGGGAGAAACAUCAGUUGGUAAAACAAGUCUGAUACGGUGGCUGGCUGCUGCUACUGGAAACCACUGUGUGCGAAUCAACAAUCACGAACACACAGAUAUUCAGGAGUACAUUGGUUGUUACACGUCUGACACCUCCGGGAAGCUUGUCUUUAAUGAAGGUGUUCUUAUUGAUGCCAUGAGAAAGGGCUACUGGAUUGUCUUAGAUGAAUUAAAUUUGGCACCCACUGAUGUUUUAGAGGCACUCAACAGACUGUUGGACGAUAACCGUGAAUUGCUCAUAACAGAAACACAGGAGCUUGUUAGGGCACACCCUCGCUUCAUGCUUUUUGCCACCCAGAAUCCUCCAGGACUUUAUGGAGGCAGAAAGGUGCUGUCUAGAGCCUUCAGAAAUCGAUUUGUGGAGUUACACUUUGAUGAGUUGCCCAGUUCUGAGUUGGAAACAAUUUUGCACAAGCGAUGUAGUUUGCCACCUUCUUACUGCAGUAAAUUGGUUAAAGUCAUGUUGGACCUUCAGUCCUACCGGAGACGUUCCUCGGUGUUUGCUGGAAAGCAGGGCUUUAUUGCCCUUCGAGAUCUGUUCCGAUGGGCUGAAAGAUACAGAUUGGCUGAGCAGACUGAGAAAGACUAUGAUUGGCUACAACAUUUAGCUAAUGAUGGCUUCAUGCUUCUGGCAGGCAGAGUCAGGAAGAAGGAAGAAGCUGAUGUGAUUCAAGAAGUCCUUGAAAAACAUUUCAAGAAGAAAUUGUGUCCUCAGUCUCUUUUCUCCAAAGAAAAUGUUCUAAAGUUACUGGGUAAAUCAUCUACCCAGACAAGUGUGUUGGAGUCUGAGUUCAGUCAUGUGGUGUGGACUGAAGGCAUGAGGAGACUGGCAGUGCUGGUGGGCAGGGCGCUGGAAUUUGGAGAGCCAGUGCUGCUGGUUGGAGACACUGGGUGUGGGAAAACUACCGUCUGCCAAAUGUUUUCAGCCUUGGCAAAUCAGAAACUAUACUCAGUCAACUGCCAUUUAAACAUGGAGACAUCAGACUUCCUGGGUGGCUUAAGACCCGUGAGACAAAAGCCAAAUGACAAGGAAGAAGGAGACACAAGGCUCUUCGAGUGGCAUGACGGACCACUGGUUCUGGCCAUGAAGGAGGACAGCUUUUUCCUCCUAGAUGAGAUCUCGUUGGCUGAUGACUCUGUCCUAGAAAGACUGAACAGUGUCCUUGAAGCGGAAAAAUCUCUGGUAUUGGCUGAGAAGGGCAGUUCUGAAAAUAAGGACAAUGAAGUAGAGCUCCUGACAGCUGGGAAACAUUUCCGGAUCUUGGCAACCAUGAACCCCGGGGGUGACUUUGGUAAAAAAGAGCUGUCUCCUGCCUUACGAAACCGAUUUACAGAAAUAUGGUGCCCUCAAAGCACGAAGCGUGAGGACUUAAUUCAGAUAAUAAAUCAUAAUCUUCGUCCAGGAUUGUCUCUAGGCAGAGUGGGUCAUAAAGGAGCUGACAUAGCUGAGGUGAUGCUGGAUUUCAUUACCUGGCUGACCCGCCAAGAGUUUGGGCGAAAGUGUGUGGUCAGUAUCAGAGAUAUUCUGUCUUGGGUUAACUUCAUGAACACCAUGGCAGAGGAAGCUGCUGUGAAAGGGCUGGAGGCCAUCUCUUCCGUGACGUCCCUGGUCCACGCCGCGUGCCUGGUGUACAUAGAUGGAAUAGGUUCUGGGGUAACUUCCUCUGGAUUUGGUACAGCCCUCUUAGCUCGAGAAGAAUGUCUGAAAUUCCUAAUAAAGAAACUUUCCAAGGUAGCCCGACUAACAGAACGUCAGAAAGACGAGUUGAAGAUUUAUGAUAGACUCAAACACAAAGAAUUCACUAGCAUAGGUGACCUUUGGGGAGUUCAUCCAUUCUUUAUACCAAGAGGACCUGUCCUGAAUGAGCACAAUAUUGCUGACUAUGCACUCAGUGCAGGCACCACAGCUAUGAAUGCCCAGAGGCUCUUAAGAGCUGCUAAACUGAACAAGCCCAUUCUCCUGGAGGGUUCACCUGGUGUUGGCAAGACAAGUUUGGUGGCUGCAUUAGCAAAGGCUUCAGGAAAUACCUUGGUUCGAAUCAACUUGUCAGAGCAGACGGACAUAACUGAUCUCUUUGGAGCAGAUCUACCUGUUGAGGGUGGCAGAGGUGGAGAGUUUGCCUGGUGUGACGGCCCCUUGCUGGCAGCUUUGAAAGCCGGCCAUUGGGUUGUGUUGGACGAGCUUAACCUGGCUUCUCAGUCCGUACUCGAAGGACUCAAUGCUUGUUUUGAUCAUCGAGGAGAAAUCUACAUACCAGAGCUAGGCAUGAGCUUUCAAGUUCAGCAUGAGAAGACCAGGAUUUUUGGUUGUCAAAAUCCCUUUAGACAAGGAGGUGGGAGGAAGGGCUUGCCUAAGUCUUUCCUUAACAGAUUCACUCAGGUCUUUGUGGAUCCCCUGACAGUAGUUGACAUGGAGUUCAUUGCCAGUACCUUGUUCCCAGCCAUUGACAAAAAUAUUGUUAAGAAAAUGGUAGCUUUCAAUAACCACAUUGAUCAUGAAGUGACUGUUGAGAAGAAAUGGGGACAAAGGGGAGGACCCUGGGAAUUCAACCUCCGAGACCUUUUCCGUUGGUGUCAGUUGAUGCUGGUUGACCAAUCUCCCGGCUGCUAUGAUCCUGGUCAGCAUGUGUUUCUAGUUUACGGUGAAAGAAUGAGAACCAGGGAGGACAAAGAGAAGGUUCUCACUGUGUUUAAGGAUGUGUUUGCUUCUAAUUCCGUGCCAUACAUAGGAACUAGAGUAUUUCAUAUUACUCCCUAUGAUAUUCAGAUUGGCUACUCAGUCCUUUCUCGCAGCAGCUAUGUUCCUCACCCGGCCCGCCGGCCCCUGUCACUCCUACACCAAUCAUUACAGUCUCUGGAACCCAUCAUGAAGUGUGUGCAGAUGAGUUGGAUGGUUAUCCUUGUGGGGCCAGCCUCUGUGGGCAAGACCAGUCUGGUCCAGCUUCUGGCACACCUUACUGGCCACACCUUAAAGAUCAUGGCUAUGAAUAGUGCAAUGGAUACUACUGAGCUUCUAGGCGGAUUUGAGCAGGUUGAUAUUAUCCGGCCUUGGAGGCUACUACUUGAGAAGGUAGAGCGUACUGUCAGGGUCCUGCUAAGGGAUAGUCUUCUUAUCAAUGCUGAUGACACGGAAGUAGUGUUGCGAGCUUGGAGCCAUUUCCUUCUGACAUACAAACCUAAAUGUCUUGGCGAAGAUGGUAAAGGUGUCACCAUAGAGAUUGUCAACAAACUGGAAGCAGUGUUGCUGCUUAUGCAGCGACUCAAUAAUAAAAUCAACUCCUACUCCAAAGCAGACUUUGCCAAACUUGUUGAAGAUUUUCGGGCUUUCGGAGUAAAGCUUCUGCAGUCAGCCAGCGGCCGGAGUCAUGGCAGCUUUGAGUGGGUUGACAGCAUGUUAGUUCAGGCCCUAAAGUCUGGUGACUGGCUUCUGAUGGACAAUGUCAAUUUCUGCAACCCAUCAGUGCUGGAUCGUCUGAAUGCCUUAUUGGAACCUGGAGGUGUCCUCACAAUUAACGAGAGAGGAAUGGUAGAUGGAUCCACUUGCACAGUGACACCAAAUCCCAAUUUCAGGCUUUUUCUGUCCAUGGAUCCCGUUCAUGGAGAAAUUUCCCGAGCUAUGAGGAACCGUGGACUUGAAAUCUACAUUUCAGGAGAAGAGGAUGGAAGCACCUUAGAUAACCUGGAUUUAAAAGUUCUGCUGCACAGCCUUGGAUUGGUGGGCGACAGUGUGUGUAACAUCCUCUUGGCUCUGCAUACAGGGGUCCAGGGCCUUGUGAGAGGUUCUCCCGCAUCAUCUGUCUCCGCUCUCAGUCACACAACCAUACUCAUUGUUCAGUACCUGCAGCGAGGCCUGAGCUUACACAAAGCCUUUUUUGAAGCAUGCUGGGAAGUAUAUGUCUGUUCUCAGCAUUCAACAGCAAACCAAAAGCUUGUACAGGCUUUGCUGGAAAGUCAGAUGUCAUCUCUGCAAACCAGGGAAACUUGGGGACGCUCCAUUCUUGCCCCAGGGCUGUGGCCAGAUUCUGUGCCUUCAGCUCUCUUUGCAACAGAAGACUCUCGACUCUCUGUCGUCCGGAGUGAUGGACAAAUCCUGGCAUACUGCCUCAACAGGAUGAGCCUGACAGCUAGCAGCUGGACAAGGAGUCAGCCUCUUACUCUACAAGAUGUAGAGAGCAUUAUGCAGACUUGCAGCCCUGAGAACCUGACCUUCAGUGCAGUGGAAAUGGAUGCUUGCUGGGUCGAUGAACCAGAGGUUUUAUCCAUGGCUGUUAAAUUGCUCAUAGAAAGAGCAACCAAUCAGGAUUGGAUGCUCAGAGUUAAGUGGCUUUGUCACUUAGCCAAGAACGUACCACAGGGGCUUGAGCCAGUGCGGAUUCAUCUGGAAGCCAGUGCCACUGCUCUUAGGAAGUUUUACUCAACUUCUCUCUCAGCUGGAGUUAGUAAUGUCUUGAAAAUAUUACAGACAAACAUAACAGAUGACUUUGUGAUCCCCUUGGACCCUCGGUGGAAUAUGCAAGCUUUGGACAUCAUUAGAAAUUCACUAGACUUUGAUCCACAGUCAGACCAGGCUGAACAGCUCUUUGCGCUCUUAGAAUCAGUUGGAAACAAGACAAUUAUUUAUCUUGACCGGGAGAAGAGGAUUUUCACUGAAGAAAAUUUGGUAUCUAUUGGUAGUAAAAAGUUAAGAAGCAGUGUUUUGAGGAUGUCUUUUGAAUUUCACAAAGAUCCAGAGAGCUGUCAUAGCCCGCCCCAUGAAAUUGUGGCCAAUCUUGCUGCUUUUUUUGAAUUGAUUGAUGGCCUAAUCCUGCUCUGGGUACAGUCUCCCCAUGGAGUGGUUCCGGAUACUCAGAUCAAUAAGAUCUUAGGUUCUGUGCAAUGGCGGGACCGGUUUUGGACUGUGGCUGAUACAGUGACAGUAGAUGCUUCCGGUCUGGCUUUACUCGCCCUCCACUGGCACUGGGUUUCGAAACAUUUGAUCCAUCAGAUCCCCCAGCUCCUGGUGAAUCAUGAAAACAAAUAUUAUAAAGAACUGCAGGUGGUCUCCGAGCACAUACACAGUUGUCUGGGCAGCCCUGAUGGCAGCUUUGUUGGUGUAAAGAUGCUGCAGGCGUUCCUGGGACGACCAUUCCCUUUUAAGGACGAGCUGGUUGUGGACUGUUUUUUGCAGCUGCAAGCUCUUAAUAAGGCCCUGGCUAUUGGAGAGCAGCUGCCGGUCUCUGGGGGGCAAGAAGACAUUAAUCGCCUCCAAGUGGUUGCUUCUGAGUGGACUUUGAGGAAAAGUCUGCUACAGGCCUGGGGAUUGAUUCUCAGAGCCAAUGUUCUGGAAGAUGUCAAUUUAGAGGAAUUGAAGAAUCUUGUGAACAGUCAGUGUUCAGAACUAAAAACCAGAGGACUUUCACGAGGCAUUCUGGAGAAAGCACAUGAAGCUUCUUCCCCAUGCCAGCCAGUCCUCGGCUCUUUGGUCCACCUCAGCAGGCGUGUCCAGCUGUGGCCUGCGACUGAGUACCUGGCUGUGCUGUGGCAGUACAGAGUGACAGCUGACUUCAUAGCACAGGCCUGUCUGAGAAGGUCGAGCAAACAACAGAUGGAUGAGGAGAUAAGUCAGCACAUCACAUUUUGUCUGAAGCACACACCAAUUGCACCUCAGAAGCUUUGGAAUCUUUGGUCUUUACUCCAUAUUCAAAAGUUGUCUGCUCAAGAAGUUUCUUGUUUGUGGUCUGAGUUAUUCACCUCUACAUUCGGGUCUUCCUGGAGCAGUCCAGUUAUCACAAAUCCAGAGUAUUGGCUCACAUGGAGCCCUCUACCUACCGUGCAGCAGCAGGAAGUGCCCAGGUCCCGUUGGGACUCUACACUCAAGGGCCCUGGCAGCCUCUGCAGAGCUGUGUUCUCCAAGUGCUGCUUCGGGGUGCUAACCAACAGUAGCAGAGCAAGCUAUUGGGAUGUGAGUGGCCUGCCCCUCCUGUCUUCCUCACACGUCAUUCUGGGAGAGUGGGUUGAGAGAGCACAGCAGCUCCAGGACGUCAGUGCAUUGCUGUGGACCAACAUGGCUGUGCCUUCAGUAGCCGAAUUCAGACGCACAGACUCUCGCCUCCAGGGGCUGGUCCUGUGCCGGCACCUGCUAGGCCUCUCGGAGCUUCUUCCUACAGCCCAACGGCAGGAAUACAUGCAGAACUGUGAACAUCUGCUGCUUGGGAGCAGUCAGGCCUUCCACCAUGUGGACCAGAUUCUUGGGAAUAUAGGUGCUCAAGAGAUGCUUCCCAAAGAACUACUCUGUCUCCUGCUCACCUCUUUGCACUACUUUAUUGGUGAGGGGGAGAGUAAGCAGAACCUUCCUGAACCAGUGCGUCGUGGGAGGCUCUGGGUAAGCCUUGGCUUACUGCAGAUUCAGACGUGGCUUCCUCGGGCCCGCUUCGACCCUGCGGUGAAGAAGGCAUAUAAACUCAGAUAUGCCCAAGAGGAGUUAUGCCAGCUGCAGUGUGAGCUGAAGACCCGGAACCUGUUGUCCCACCUACAAACCGGAAGAGACCUGGAAGACGACCUAAUAACCCGACACUCUCAUCCACACAUCAAGUUACUUCCCCAAAGGAUCAGUCAGCUGGAGAAUUCAGUUCACAGCCUGUCAAAAAAACAGGCCUUCAGACCCCACCUACCCAGUUAUGAGACCUUGGUACAAGAGAUCCACCACUACAUCACCAGCAUUGCUAAGGUCACUGCUGUUCAGGACCUACUCGUCCGGCUUCUUCAGGCACUUCACACAGAUGGACCGAAGUCUGCUCAAAUGCUCCAGAACCUUCUAAAGGAGGAGGCCUCUUGGCAGCAGUCACAUCACCAGUUUAGGAAACGACUAGUAGAAGAGUAUGCCUUGUAUCCAGACACUGUGACCCCAUUACAGGCAUCCAUCUUGCAGCUCCAGCAUGGCAUGAGGCUAGUGGCAUCUGAAGUCCAUGCCUCCCUCCACAGUGGUGUGGUCUGUGCAGAGAAUCUGGGGGCCCUGGCCAUGGCUGUGCUGGCUUUCCCGUCUGUGGGCCCCGGCUUCCCUACCUACUAUGCUCAUGCAGAUGCUCUGUGCUCAGUGAACUCUGCGGAAACUCUUCGAGGUCUCGGGAAACUGAUGCUCAAGCGUGGGGCAAGAAAGGAAGAAGCCAGGAGCCAGCAACUUUAUCCUUCCCGGGAGCAGUUGCUGAUGAAUGCUCUCCUUUACCUGCGUUCCCAUGUACUGUGCAAAGGGGAGCUAGACCAGAGGGCCCUUCUGCUCUUCAGACACCUGUGUCAAGAGAUCAUCAAUGAGUGGGAUGAGCAGGAGCGAAUAGCUCAAGAGAAGGCAGAGCAAGAGAGUAGCCUGUACAGAUUCCGGAGCAGGAGCCGCAGGACAGCCCUAACUGAGGAGGAGGAGGAGGAACUGGAGCUCAGGAAACUGUUCCCACUGCAUGAAAAGGACUUCGCAGAUAUCUUAAUGGAACCAACACUAGAAGAGAAGAAGAGAGCUUCGGAUGGAAGAGAAGAGGAAGCAGCCACAGACCCAACUCUCCUGUCCCAGAGUUCAAUGCAGGCAGUGAUGCAGAUACACCAGCAGCUGUGCCUCAGCUUUGCACGGUCCCUGUGGUACCAGCAGACUGUGCCACCACACGAAGCGAAGCACUACCUCAGCCUGUUCCUUUCUUGCUAUCAGACUGGAGCAUCACUGUUGACACACUGCUACCCUCUGAUGGGAGUUGAGCUGAAUGACCAGCUCUUGGGAAGUCACCUUUUGGCCUGCACCCUCUCAUCUAACACUCUCUGUGGGGAAGCUACCUCAGACCUGAUGCUGAAGCCUGAGGGGCCCUAUGAUUUCUACCAGCACCCCAAUGUGGCAGAAGCACAGCAGUGCCAGCCUGUGCUUCAGGGCUUUUCAGAAGCUGUCAGUCAGCUGCUACAGGACUGGCCAGAGCACCCUGUGCUUCAACAGCUACUGGUUGUAAUGGACAGAAUUCGUGGUUUCCCGCUUUCCAGUCCCAUCUCCAAACUCCUGAAUGGCUUAGAGAUCCUUCUGGCGAAGGCACAGGAUUGGGAGGAGAAUGCAAGUCGAGUACUGUCUCUUCAGAAACAUCUUGAUCUAGUCAGUCAGAUGAUCAUUCGGUGGCGUAAGCUGGAGCUGAACUGCUGGUCAAUGAGUUUGGAUAAUACCAUGAGACGCCAUACUGAGAAAUCCACCAAACACUGGUUUUCCAUCUAUCAGAUGCUGGAGAAGCAUAUGCAGGAGCGCACAGAGGAGCAGGAAGAUGACAAGCACAUGACUCUGAUGUUGCUGGUUAGCACGUUACAAGCAUUUAUUGAAGGCUCUUCGCUGGGAGAAUUCCAUGUACGACUCCAGAUGUUGCUUGUUUUCCAUUGUCAUGUCUUACUGAUGCCACAAGCUGAAGGAAAAGAUUCACUCUGCAGUGUUCUGUGGAAUUUGUACCAUUUUUACAAGCAAUUUGUUGACCCAGUCCAAGCUAAAAUUGUGGAACUUCGCUCCCCCAUAGAAAAAGAGCUUAAAGAAUUUGUGAAGAUAUCCAAGUGGAAUGAUGGCAGCUUCUGGUCCAUUAAACAGUCUGUGGAAAAGACACAUAGGACCCUCUUUAAAUUCAUGAAGAAAUUUGAAGCUGUGCUGAAUGAACCCUGUCAGUCGUGUCUGGUGGAGAGCAGGGAAGGACAGCCUGAUGGUUUGCCAAAGCCAACAGAGGAAGCUACAAUGGAGACGUCGCCCAUUCAGGGUCUGAACAAUGCACUGAGGGAGACCCUGUUAGCACAACCAGUAUCAUGGCAGCCUUCAGGUACAGAACAGUGUCGGGAUGCAGGUCCCUUGUCUGUGGAGGGAGAACUUCUGCGUCGUUUGCCACGGCUCUCAAAACGAAUGAGGAAAAUGUGCCUGGUGUUUAUGAAGGAGAGCCCCCUACCUCACCUAGUGGAAAGCCUCGACCAGUUCACUGGUGGAGUGAUUUCCUCGGUGAGUGAGCUGCAGAGCUUAAAGGUGGAUCUCUCUGCUGAGAAAGAAAAACAGCACUCAGAAGCCAAGCACAUUCUCACACAGAAGCAUCGCGCUUUAUCAGACCUCUUCAAACACCUUGCAAAAAUCGGUCUGUCGUAUCGAAAAGGUCUUGCCUGGGCCCGUUCCAAAAGUCCUCAGGAGUUGCUCCACCUUCACCCGUUAGAUCUCCAGAGCGCGUUGUCCAUAGUCAGCAGCACUCGGGAGGCCGAUUCUAGGCUCCUCAGAGAAAUUUCGUCUUUGUGGGAUGGGUGCCAGAAGUAUUUUUACCGCUCUCUUGCCCGGCACACCAGGCUUACUGCAGCACUAGCAACACCUGUCAAGGAAAUGGGCAUGGGUAACGUGGACAGAUGUAAAGGGUUCUCGGCACACUUGAUGAAGCUGCUUAUCCGACAGCGUCGCUCUCUGACCACACUGACUGAGCAGUGGAUCAUCCUCAGGAACCUCCUCAGCUGUGUGCAAGAGAUUCACAGCAGACUGACUGGGCCCCCCGUCUAUCCUGUGGCCUUCCCACCUCAGGACAGUGUGCAACAGUGGACAGAGCGACUGCAGCAUCUGGCCAUGCAGAGCCAGAUCCUCCUGGAGCAGUUCUCCUGGCUCUUCCAGUGCUGUCCCAGUGCAGGGCCAACUACAGGCCGCAGUGAUACUCCAAUUCGGGAACACCCUUCUGCCUCUCAUCUGGAAAAAAUUGAUAUCAAGGAGCCAAUAGCUGGGGUAAUGCCAGACUUACUUUCCUCUGAUCUGAGCUACCCAACCCCAGUACCUACAGGUCAGCUGCCUUCCGGCUGCCGGAUGAGAAGAGGAGAUCAGCUUUGGCAACAGUCAACUGCGGGGUUGACAGAGAUGCUGAAAACUAUUAAAACUAUGAAAGCUAGUGUUGACAAAAUUAGGCAGCAGUCUUGUGAGACCCUCUUUCAUACAUGGGAAGAUUUUGAAGUUUGCUCUUCUGGGCUGAAUUGCCUGUCCCAAGUGUCAGCUCAUUUGCAAGGCCUAGCGUCCUUGUUCAUUCUUCCAGGGAUAGGGCUUGAACAGACAGAUUCACAAAUGGCAUUAGUCGAAAGCCUGGGCUAUCUAAGAGGAGAAGUCAGUAAAGCCAUAGAUGACUUCACUGCCUGGAGAGCACGUCUGUUCAUUGCACACAAGCAAGGAGGAAACCAGAUGUUGGAAGAAAGCUUUGUUGAAGACUUUUCAGAGCAAGUAGAAACUGCCAUCCGGGCCAUUCUCUGCACCAUCCAGAACUUGGCAGAAAGAAACAAUAAGAAAGCAGAAGACAGUGCUGCUGACAGGAGACUGCAAGAAGAGGAUGGAGGAAAAGAUGAGGUGGCAGGUUUUAAGAGCCUGCAGCAGGGACAUCUGACAAAGCUCCUAGAGGACGACUUCUGGGCCAGCGUGAGCACCUUACACGUCCAGAGGGUCAUCUCCUCUGUCUCCGAGCUGCUGGAGAGGCUCAAGUCCUGCAGUGAGGAUGGCAGCACAACCAAGCACAAGGUCUUCAGCCAGUCCUGUGGCUUGCUGGUGCGCCUGAUACCCAUGCUCUGCGGCUUCUCAGACCUCCUCCUUUUCUUCCUGACCGUAUCACUGGCAACUCACCGGAGCACCGCCAAGCUGCUCUCUGUACUUGCGCAGACCUUCACAGAGCUCGCCCAGAAGGGGUUUUGUUUACCUAAAGAAUUGAUGGAAGAUUCGGCAGGAGAGGGAGCAACACAGUUCCAUGACUACGAGGGAGGUGGGAUCGGAGAUGGCGAGGGCAUGAAGGAUGUGAGUGAGCGAAUAGAAAAUGAGGAACAGGUAGAAGAUACAUUUCAGAAGGGUCAAGAGAAGGACGAGGAGGACCUUGACUCAAAACCUGAUACUAAAGGCGAGGAUAAUGCCAUCGAGAUGUCAGAAGACUUCGACGGGAAAAUGCAUGAUGGCGAGCUUGAGCAAGAAGAUGAUGAUGACAAGUCUGACAGUGAGGAUGGAGACCUGGAGAAGCAGAUGGGCAAUCUCAAUGGUGAGGAAGCUGACAAACUAGAUGAGAGGCUUUGGGGAGAUGAUGAGGAUGAUGAUGAAGACAAUGACAGUAAAGCUGAAGAGACAGGACCAGGAAUGGAUGAGGAAGAUUCUGAACUUGUUGCUAAAGAUGACAACUUGGAUCCUGGAAAUUUAAACAAAAAUAAAAAACAUCAAGAUGAGAAGGAAGACUUGGAACCUGAAGAUGUUGAACAAAGCCAAGAGAAAAUUAAUGAACAGAUUGAUGAGAGGGAAUAUGAUGAGAAUGAGGUAGAUCCUUAUCAUGGCAAUCAAGAAAAGCUGCCAGAACCUGAGGCCUUGGACCUUCCAGAUGACUUGAAACUUGACAAUGGGGACAAAAGUGGUGGCGAGGACACAGACAAUGAGGAAGCAGAAGAAGAGAAUCCUUUGGAGAUCAAAGAAAAGCCAGUAGAUGUGGAAGAAGCAGACCAUGAAACUGAAGAGCCCGAGGGUGGUCCGAAUGACGGGGAAAGUCCACACGAGCCUGAGGAAGGCCCCAGUGAGGGCAAGGAGGAUGUGGAUAUGGAUAAGGGAGCUGAUGACCAAGACAAAGAUACAUCCAGCCGUGCAGAAGAGCGUCCUGAGGAGGAGGAGAAAGAGGAAGAGGAGGAAGACAAUGCUGCCACUGAUGGAGUUGGAGAGAGUGGUGUCAGCCCUGUUGAUGAAGAUCUUCAGCCCCAGAAGGAGGAAGAGGAAGGGGAGAAGUCUGAUGCUGAGGAGCAGGUGCCAGAGGCCACAGAGAGAAAGGAGCACCCCUCCUGUGGGCAGACCGGAGUGGACAGUGUGCAGAGUGCACAGGCUGUGGGGCUAGCCGGGGCUGCACCAGAGAAGGAGGAGGGGAAAGAGGAACACGGCACUGGAGCUGCGGAUGCAAACCAAGCAGAAGGCCAUGAAUCCAACUUGAUCGCGCGUUUGUCCUCCCAGCAAAACACCAACAAAAAUACUCAGAGUUUUAAGAGGAGACCUGGGCAGGCUGACAAUGAACGCUCUGUAGGUGACCACAAUGAGCGUGUCCGUAAGAGGCUGAGGACUGUGGACACAGAGAGAAAGACUGAACAGGAGCCAGGCCAGGCUCAGGUGGAAGAUGCAGACACGUUUGAACAUAUUAAACAAGGCAGUGAUGCGUAUGAUGCGCAGACCUAUGAUGUGGCCAGUAGUGAACAGCAGCAGACUGCAAAGGCCUCCGGACAGGAUCAGGAGGAGGAGGAGGAGACAGAAGAUAUCCUCAUGGAUACAGAGGAGGAGCUGAUCAGAGCAGAGGACACAGGGCAGCUGAAACCAGAGGCAGUCAAGUCAGAGCCUGCCGCAGCUUCCGGCCCUAGUGAGAUGGAGGUGGAUAUGCAAACACUUACAACAAAAGAAGACCAAGACCCAAGAACAGCCACACCUCAGCCGGAGAAUGAGAGGCCAGAAAGAAGCCGAGAUUCAACUAUUCAUAAGCUUCGUCAAUUCCUUGUGGAUUCAGUUUUCCAACCCUUUCUAAAAGAUGUCGGUGAGCUGAGACAAGAGAUGGAAAGGCAGCUGGAGAUGUGGCAGGCACACGACUACGGCAAUGCAGAAGAAGAGAAGGCCGCAGAUGAGAUGUGGCAGAAUUACCUAGUCUUAACUGCAUCUCUUUCACAACAGCUGUGUGAGCAGCUUCGUCUCCUACUAGAACCUACACAGGCAGCCAAACUAAGAGGAGACUAUCGAACAGGGAAACGGCUGAACAUGCGUAAGAUCAUUCCAUACAUUGCCAGUCAGUUUCGGAAAGACAGGAUUUGGCUUCGUAGGACCAAGCCCAGUAAGCGGCAGUAUCAGAUUUGUCUGGCUAUUGAUGACUCCUCGAGCAUGGUAGACAACCACACCAAACAGCUUGCAUUUGAGUCAUUGGCUGUGAUUGGUAAUGCUCUAACCCUCCUAGAAGUGGGUCAGAUUGCAGUGUGCAGCUUUGGAGAGUCAGUAAAGCUGUUGCACCCAUUCCACGAGCAGUUUAAUGAUUCUUCAGGGUCUCAUAUUCUACGGCUCUGCAAAUUCCAACAAAGGAAGACUAAGAUUGCUCAGUUUCUAGAAUCUGUAGCCAAAAUGUUUGCAGCUGCCCAGAAGCUCUCCCAGAACGUCAGUCCAGAGACUGCCCAGCUGCUCCUCAUAGUUUCUGAUGGACGAGGCCUUUUCCUUGAAGGCAAAGACAGAGUCUUAGCAGCGGUCCAAGCCGCCCAGAAUGCCAACAUCUUCGUCAUUUUUGUUGUGUUGGAUAAUCCCAAUUCACGGGAUUCUAUUUUGGACAUUAAAGUACCACUAUUUAAAGGACCAGGAGAAAUGCCCGAAAUCCGAUCCUACAUGGAAGAGUUUCCAUUUCCAUUCUACAUCAUUCUUCGGGAUGUGAAUGCACUUCCUGAGACCCUCAGUGAUGCCCUCAGGCAGUGGUUUGAGCUGGUGACUGCAUCUGAUCACUCCUAGAGCAGAACACAGUCAGUGAGAGGCCUCGGGAUCACAGCAUCCCUGGAGCUCCCCUUACACGGCUGUUCGUGAACUCAGUGCUCUGAUAACUGCUUCAUCUUGGAUCUGAUUUUUUUUUACUGUAUCAACAGUUAUAAGAACAUAUUUUAUUGCACUAUACAUUUGUAUUUACAACAUAGAAGAGCUUGGCGCAGCUCUUGGACUCCUUGCUGUACUGAGCACAGAAAGCUUACAAGCAGUACCAGGGCUUGGGACUGGGGACCAGGUAGAGCUCACACUGCCCUUCUCUAGAGCUCAGCCGCUUGCUUUUCUCUGCUCAGCACCUUGAGGAAAUGAAUCUAGGAACACGGGCUGCAUUCUGCCAGCCCUUUGGACAGAGGACUAAAGGGGGCUGCGCUCUGGUCCCUGCCUUAAGCUCUACCAAGUCACUUGGUGGGACACAUCUUACCCUGCUUAGAGAUCAGGAGACUCAGAUGGUGUGUUCUCAUAAGGCAGUCAGCACAGGUACAGUAGAGCUGUACAGAAGUGAAGCAGCUGUCUGCGCCCUUCCCAGCGGCUGCCUCAGGAGACUAUGCAAUAACGGACAGGUGAUUCUCUCUUAUUUCAUUCUCGGGCUGCCAUAGCCCCUGCUGUAAUUUAUUUCUUUGGCCAUCCUUUCCCCAAUACUAAGAGGAAAAGUUAUUCCUCAUACUGCUUUCAAGCUACCCUCAGCCAGUGUCGCUGUGGAAAGGAAUGAAAGGAUGCUGCGUCCACAGGAACUCAACAGCUCCGUCUUCCCUCAGCCACUCAGCACGGGAGUGUUGGGCUUGGGUCCUUCAGAGCUGGACACAGUUUUCCUUGGCCAGAAAGCAGUGUUUGAAUACUUGAAAUCAUGUGUUGUGUUGUGUUUAAGUGUUGUCUGUAGGCAUUGUGCUGUGCAUCUGUCUCCAUGUCUGUUUCCAGAUGACACUGUGAAGUGUGCCACCCGUGUAUGGUGGUCAUCAAAGACAGAUGGCUUAUUGUUUAACAAAGUGUCCUAAAGCAUGUACUUAAAGUUAUAUUAUUUUUUAUUCAAAAAUGCUAUGCAGCUUAUAUUCUGAAAACUAUUAAAUAAUUGUUGAGUUAA